AUGUAUAAAUUUGAUAAUAAUUUAUCUGCUUGCCCGCGUAUCUAUCUAUCUAUCUAUCUAUCUAUCUAUCUAUCUCUGCGUUUCGCGACGCACGAUCAAGUAUUGGAUACUGUAUCCUAUCUAUCUAUCUAUCUAUCUAUCUAUCUCUCUCUCAUCUUUCUUUCUUUCUUUCUUUCUUUUUUUCUUUUUUUUUUCUUUCUUUCUUACUUUUCCAAUUAUCAUCGUUCUUCUCUUUCCUAUUUUUCUUCUAUUUGCAUUCUUGAAUUCAUCUUCCCUUUUUUCUUUUAUUCAACCAUCUUUUUUCUGUCACUUCCAAACCUAUCUCACCCCCGUCUCUCUCUCUCUCUCCCUCUCUUUCAAAAACGAAGCCCUCUUUAUAUCUCUCUCAUCAACAUCCUAUUCAUUUAUCUCACCAGAUUAUCUCUCUCUCUGUCUCUCUCUCCCAAUAACACUAUCUUCCUUAUCUUUCUUUCAUCAACAACUCUUUCGUUUGUCUCUCUUUCUCAUCAUAUUUCUCCUGUUCUCUCUCAUCAGAUCUUGCAUUUUUCUCUCUCGUUUUUAGUCUUCCUAGCAUCUUUCUCUUUCAUACUUAAUUAUUUUACCCCUCUCGCACUAACACUGCCUCUUCCCAAUCCUCUCUCCCUCUCUCUUAUCAAAAUCCUUCUCUUCCUCUAUCUCUUUCUAAAAUCCUUUUUUCCUUCCCCUCACUCUUAUCAUCCUCUUUUUUCCUACUCUUUCUUUCACUCUCAUCAUCUUGUUCUCCUCUUUCUCAUUAAUAUAAAUCUCUUCUUUCUUCCUCUCCCUCUUAUUCAUCUCAAUCUCACAUCUUCUCUUUCUCAUAUCUGUCUGUUUCCUUCUCUCCCACGCCAAUAUUUCUUUCUUUCUCUCUCUCACCAAUGUCCUCUUCUUUCUCUCUUUCUCAUCAGUUGCCCCCUCUCCUCCUUCCUCUCUGUCCCAGCACCCUCUUCCUUCUUUCUUUCCUCUCUAUCUCGCUUCUCGUUCAUUCCAUUUCAUGCCCAUCAAAUAUUUUCUCUUUUCUUUUCUGUAUAUUUCACCACAUAUUUCUUUCUUUCUUUCUUCUUUUUUCUAUCGUCUCUUCUCCUUGUCUAUCGAUCCUUCUCUUUUCCUCGUUCUUCAUUCGUCCAAAUUCUCCUUCCUUUUUCCUUUCAUUUAACUCGCCUGUUUCUGUCACUUUUCAUUUUCUCUUUCCUCCUGAACAGUUCUUCUUCCUUCUCUUGUUUGAGGCCUUUUAUCUUUUCUCACUAUCAGUCUCGCUCUGUCCACAAUUCUUCUCUUCUUCUUCACCUUCUCCUCUUACUUCUUCUUCUUCUUCUUUUUCUUCUUCUUCUUCUUCUUCUUCUUCUUCUUCUUCUUCUUCUUCUUCAUUCUAUUAAGCUUUCAUUGGAACUCAAACAUGAUUUAAAAACUUAUAUUUCAUUCAUUUAUUUUUCUUCCUUGUUUUUUUUCAUACUUCCUUUUCAAAUUUUAUUAUUAUUUCUCAUAAUUAUUAAUAUAUUUUUCUUUCUUUCUUUCUUUCUUUCUUUCUUUCUUUCUUUCUUUCUUCACUUGUUUCUUUUACAUUCCUUUCUGUUUUCUUUCUUCAUUUUUCUUUCUUUCUUUCUUUCUUUCUUUCUUUCUUUCUUUCUUUCUUUCUUUCUUUCUUUCUUCACUUGUUUCUUUUACAUUCCUUUCUGUUUUCUUUCUUCAUUUUUCUUUAUAUAUUCUUCACUUCUUUUUCAUUUCUUUCUUCAUUCUUUCUUUCUUUCUUUCUUUCUUUUAAUUCGUGAUGUCUGUCAUUUUCUUUUGUAUUUUCUUUUCUCUAAUUCCAGUUUGUUUUCUUUCUUUCUAUUUUUCUUUCUUUUUCUUUUCUGUCUAUCUUUGUUUCUUUUAAUUCGGAAUUUGCGAUGUCAUUGCUUUUUACCUUUCUUCAUUCAUUCAUUCUUUCUUUCUUUGACUGUUUUAUACUUUUCCUUUUUUUUACUUCUAUCGACUGAGUUUCUUUCUAUUUAUAUUCAUUCAUUCUUUAUUUUUCCAUUACAAAUUGAAGAAUAUUUUUUUAUUUGUUUACUUCUUUUUUUAUUUUCUCAAUUUUUUAAUUUCUUUUUCUCGACUUCGUUUGCUUCUUUCCUUCUUUCUUUCAUUAUGUCUGCCAUUUUUUCUUUUUUUUUUUUAUUAAUACUCAGUUCCAUUUUUUCGGCAUCUACUUUUCUUUUAUUUUCCUUCCUUCCUUCCUUCCUUCCUUCCUUCCUUCCUUCCUUCCUUCCUUCCUUUUUUCUUUCUUCUAAUGCUCAAUUCAUUCGUAACUUAUUCCUGUUUUUUUCCUUUUUUUACCAAUUUCUUUUUUUUCUUUUGCUAAAGUGUUUUAUUCCAUUUUCAUACUAUUUUUCCUUUUUCUUUGUUUAUUUCCAUAAAUAUUUUCUUGUGGUUUUUCAUUUUUCUUCCUACUUUUGUUUUCCCAUUUUCUUUUACUUUCUUCAACUAAUUUUGUUUAUUUUCAUUUUUUUCUUAUUUUUUUCUUUCCCUUCCUAUUUUUGUUUUUUCCUUUUUCUUCCUAUUUUUGUUUAUUUCUCUUUUUCUCGGUAUUUUUCUUCCAUUUUUGUUUUUCUUUAUUCCUAUUUUUUUUUCUUUUUUUCUUCCUAUUUUUUUCCUUUUUCUCUCUCUUCUUGA